CUCACUUCUGUUUCUGAACAGUAUAAAAGCACUUCUGCUUUGACAGUACCUUACUGUUCUUUAGGGUAACUAAGACACAGUGACUGAGAAAUCAUGAAGUUCCUGCUUUUGAUUUUCUUCGUUGGAUUUGCGGCCGCGAACUUUCACGAUGCUUUGAGAAGAGCUCGUGAUGAAGUUCUAGAAAGUUACAGAGAGGGCUUGAAAUCUGCUCCAUCAUUGAGUGAGGCAUUGGGUUUGCCCGAUUCCGAAGAACUUGAUGAGAUACAGAAAAGAUUCGAAGCUGUAUCGGAAGAGGAAAUGAAAAAUAAACUGGAUGAAAUUGUAGAAAAAAUGAAAGAUGCUAUAGACAAAGGAAAACAAAUCUCGGAAGAUCUAAUCGAAAAAUAUAAAGAUUUCAAACAAAAGUUAAAGGAGAAGGGAAUUGAAAUUCACGAGAAAUCCAAGGAGUUGAUUCAACAAAUAAAAGAUAAAGCAAAGGAAUAUUGGAGAAAAUUGCUAGAUAAACUGAGUAAAGAUAAAAGAUCAAUUGACGAAGAAUUCGAAUUAGCAGAAGAAUUUAAUCUUAAAGAAAUCCUCAGGCGACUUCGUGAAAAGUUAAAAGAACACGUCAGCUUAGAUAAGAUCAAGGAGUUUUUGAAAGAAAAAUUUGGUGAACAUAAAGAGGCUCUGCAAGAACUUUUGAAGGAAUUGAAAGAACACGGAAAGAAAGCCUUGAAGGACUUUAUAGAUGAAUUAUUAGGCAGGAAAGAAACGCGAUCUCUCAAAGAACUAUGGGAUAAAGUGAAAGAAUAUUUUAAAAAGAUAGGAGUAGAUGCCAAAGAAAAGUAUUUGAAUUUCAUGGAAUGGUUAAAAGAAAAGCAUGAUGAAGCUCUGGAAAAAGCAAAGGACAAACUGGAAAAAAUGAAAAUUAUUGCAAAAGAUUUCAUCAAACAUCACAAAGAAGUAACCAAGGAGGUUGCCAUAGAAGCUCUAGAAUUCUUACGUCCAUACAAAGAAGAUAUGAAGGACUUAUGGCAACAAGUUAAAGAUGCCGUAAAGGAUGUUAUGAAGAGAGAUGAGUAACCUGAAACCUUGUACUGAAUAGAACAAUAAAGAUAACAGUAUUAUCGUGAUGUAAUUCGAAUUUUUUUUAUUCGAUUUUUAUUCAUGUGUAUAUGUGAAGUGUGUUACCCUAUAAUGUGAAGACCGGAUCGCAUGAUUUUUAAAAGGA